AUGUCGCUUCGAGAACACUCAAAGUUGAUGAGUGUCACUGUGGACGCCAUCAAAACUAUCGAAAAGUUUGUCGAUGAUUACGAUGCCACGGUUGAUCGAAGUAAAAUUGAGUCGAGGUUGAUGAGACUGGAUCAAUUGUACAGUCGAUACGAAACAGUGUCUAUUGAGGUGGAACUGUUGAUGGAGGACACAACGGAAACCAAAGCUACGUUCAUCAACAUGCGCGGUGAGAUGGAGGAAAGGUAUUAUCGAUUACGUGACUUCCUCACCUUGAACAAACCCGGCAAACACACUCCGCCCCACACUUCUCACGUGACUUCGUCUGUUGUCCGACUGCCAAAGAUCGACCUUCCGACGUUCGAUGGUGAGAUCGAUAAUUGGAUCCCCUUUCAUGAUGCCUACCGUAGUCUAAUCCACAAUAAUAAGGAUCUGGCUGCUGUCGACAAAUUCCACUAUUUGAUGACGGCGCUGAAGGACCCAGUAAAGCGAUUACUGGAUACCACGAGCAUCACGGGGGACAACUACAAGAUUGCAUGGGAUCUUUUAGUGAGUCGGUACGACAAUAAGCGCCUUCUUAUCAAGAACCAUAUCAGUUCGCUUUUCAACGUAGAACUGGUAGAAGAGGAGUCUUCUGAUGCUAUCUUGGCACUCGUUGACCAUUUCGAACGCCACGUGAAGAUUCUAACGACGUUGGGGGAGCCGACCACAGAAUGGAGCUCUCUGUUGGUGCACAUGUUGUGCAGUCGCCUGAAUCAUAGCGUUUUGAGGGACUGGGAGAGGUCAACAAGCGAGGAUAGGAAGAAGAUUCCGACAUACAGUGAGCUGAUAACCUUUUUGAAAGAUCAAGCCCGGAUUCUGCUUUCGCUGAACAGUGGAAGCACUACAUCUAUCAUUGUAAUGGAAAAACCCCAUCACUCCGGAGCUUACACCGCAGCCGUUUCGAAACCCCUUCCACCAAAAGCCACUAGUCGCAUCUACGACUGCGAAGAGUUCAAACGGAUUCAGCUUGAGCAGAAGCAGGACACCGUCCGGAGGAAGAAGUUGUGUUGGAACUGUCUGGGGUCUAGCCACUUCAGUCGUGAAUGCUCGUCCAAAACCUGCCAGAGAUGCAACGAGAAACACCACACAUUGCUGCAUCCGUUCUCCCCCAACGUUCAUUGCCCUCAAUCCCACGCAAACCCACCAGAUCAAUAUACUUCCGAUUACAACGACGAGUCUGUGAUCUCUGCACUGUUGUCAAUCCCUUCUCCACUUGCCUCCACAACCACACCCGCCAUCCAGCAGCCUACUUUCAACUCGCUAGCUGCAUCAAACUCGUCCGAAACAAGCCACUCAACAGUCUUGCUGUCCACAGCCGUGGUCAAAGUCCAUGGUCCUUCGGGGCGGUCCACUUUCGUCCGAACUCUGUUGGAUUCCUGCUCGGAAUCGAAUUUUAUCACCGAACGGAUUGUUCAGCUCCUGGGGCUGAAUCGACGAAAGCAGGCUGCAGUUAUCGCCGGAAUGGGUGGAUCUACAGUCAACAGUCACCAGUGCACCAGUGCAGUGCGUUGCCAAAUUCAGUUCUGUUGA